UGUCAUUUUUUGGUCAAACAAAAAAAUAAUUGGGUAUAAAUUCACGUUUUAGUGUUUAGGAGUACAAAUUUGGGCAUUUUCAUCUAGGGGUUUUCUUGUUUGGUAACCAAACUGUCAACUGUCAACUUAUCUGUCAUCGAGUUGUCAAACUAAAAUGGCCCAAAUUGGCGAACCCUUGACUCUCCACCGCGACAUUAAGCGUUCCGUUGAGCUCCUGGAGAAGCUCCAGAAAAGUGGCGAAGUCCCCGCUACGAAGCUCGCAGCGCUCCAGAAAGUCCUCCAGAGCGACUUUCUGAACGCGGUGCGUGAAGUCUACGAGCAUGUCUACGAAACCGUUGACAUCCAAGGGUCCCAAGACGUGCGGGCCUCCGCUACGGCGAAGGCCACAGUUGCGGCCUUCGCCGCCAGUGAGGGGCACGCCCACCCCCGCGUCGUGGAACUGCCCAAGACCGAGGAGGGUUUGGGGUUUAAUGUGAUGGGGGGCAAGGAGCAGAAUUCGCCCAUUUACAUUUCUCGGAUCAUUCCUGGGGGUGUGGCCGAUCGUCAUGGGGGGUUGAAACGCGGGGAUCAGUUGCUGAGUGUCAAUGGAGUGUCUGUUGAAGGAGAGAAUCAUGAAAAGGCAGUGGAGUUGCUGAAGCAGGCUCAUGGCUCGGUCAAGUUGGUUGUGAGAUAUACCCCCAAGGUGUUGGAAGAGAUGGAGUUGAGGUUUGACAAGCAGAGGGCCAGGAGAAGACAACAGUAUAAUUAAAAAUAGACACUGAUAUUACAUAAAAUAUUAUUAGAUUGUGUUGCAUUUAACGCACUACAUGUGCACGAGUUUUUUAGGGUACUGAAUCUCAACUACAAGUAUUAUAUGUUUUCAAUGUUUUUUGUUAUUUAUGUUACAUUAAAUAAAUGAUUAAAAAUUGAAAAA